GUGCGUCACGGUAUUUCAAACCCGUAGAGCCCACAGCUCAUACCGAUUCAUCACAGUGUUUCAGAAUUACGUAAAUAAAUAUAGUUUUACUUCUUAAUCUUUCGCUGGAAUGAAAGUGCGGCUUCGCGUGUGGGUUCUGGUCGCAGACACGCAGGAUCUUUGACUCUGAGGAACUGAUUCAUCAACACUGAAGCUCUUCCCGUCCACAACACAGAUCCGAGGAUUGAGAAGUAAAAUCAAAUCCUGUCUGUAUCCCUAUCAUCCAGACAGAACCCGAACCGGAUCCAGCAGCAGAAGUGGAUCUUUAACGGGUCCAGAUCAGGUUUAAUGAUGAUCAGCUGAUCUCUCGUAGACGCCGCGCUGGUUUCCAUUGGUAACGGGCACGCGCACAGAUUUCACCAUAAACAGUGUUUCUGUUGCAGGCGAUCAGACAUGACUUCGAAACAGAAGAAGGGGCUCAGAAGCUCUAUAGAUGACGUGUUAGGAGAUCUUCUGGGUGAUGAUGAUGAUGAUGAAGGUCCAGUGAAGGUGCGCUCACCUGCAGCCGUGUCCAGCAGACCUGCGGCCGUCCUCACGUCCCGCAGCGGCAAGAGUUCGCUUCUGGACGAUGAUUUCUUCAGUAAACUGGCAGAAGAGGCUGAGAAAGAUGAGGGCUCUGACGUGUCUGAGGCUGAUCCUGCCGCUCUGCUGGACAGCAUGAAGAACAUGGAUGACAUGGAUGCAGAUCUGUUCAGCUCCAAGAAGAAGCCGAGCUCGGCUCCUGUUCAGAGGAGAGACUCCAAAAGAACCGGAGACAAGAGCAAACCCACCGAAGACACGGUUCCUGAAGACAAAAAAAAGCCCAGUUCUGCUCCGGCCUCCACAGCGAGAGCUUACAAGAAGUUCAGCUUUCUGGAUGAUGAAGGUGGAGGUCUCGAUCCUCCUGAUGAAGAUAAAGUGGACGAUUCGUUGGAUGAUUUACUGGAUGAUCUGGAACACAAGCAGAAGACGACUAAGAAAACCGAGCCUCCGUCCUCUUCCUCACCAGCCGCUCCUCAGAAAACAGAGACGGCAGCUGCUGUGAAGAAGAGAGAUGAUCUGACGUUUGAUGACGAUGAAGAUGAUCUGAUGGACGCUCUGGGCUUCGGAGGAACACACAAAACACAAGGAAACGGAAAGGCACAGAAAAAAGACAGUGAUCCUCCUCUGAGAGCUCGCACACGACUGGAUGAGAUCCUGGGCCGAGGAACGUCUCCUCGUCUGCUGGAGAGACCCGUCACGGGAGAGAAGAAAGACACGCCACAGCCUGAGAAACAGCCGGAGAAGAGCUCUGCUGGAAAAGUCUCUCUGAUGGAUGAGGAGGACUUCACAUUCGGCUCCUACCAGCCCACCAUGGGCUCGACUCCAGAGGGCCGGCAGUCCCGCAGACAGUCGGUCAGAUUCUCGACUGAAGACGUGAGCGUUCACUCGCCCGAACACAAACCCAAACCCUCCACACGCGCCGCCCGGCCCAGAUCAGACUGGCUCGGCCUGAAGCAGGAUGAAGAGGAGCAAAAGAUGAAGGAGGAACCCAAACAAUCUGCACCAGAGACCCUGAAGCCCCCGGCGUCACCCUCCACAGCGGCCCGUAAAGAGACACCCGCUUUAAACACAGCAGAUCCCCCGGGAGCACCCUCGUCUCCUAAAACCCUCUCAAAACCAGUGAAGAGAGACGAGGACGAGGAAGACGACUGGCUCGCCGGAGCGCUGAGCCGCAAGAAAACACAGUCAGUCAGCCAAUCAGAGGACAGAGAGAGGAAACAGGAAGUUUCAUCAGGUCUGGGGGAGGAAGUGGACGUGUUUGUCAGCUCUAUAUCAAAUGUGCCUUUAGCCCCACGAAGACGUCAGGACGAGUCUCCCGUCCCAAACCCAGAGCUCAGCAGAGAGUCUACUGGCGUCUCCAUCCAACACAACGCAAGCUCAGAAACUCAACUCAAACCUGUGUUUCCACAGAAGUCUCCUGCAGAGGGCGCUGUACCUGCGACACAAACACACACACCUCUGUCUGCAGACAGUCUUCAGCAGCUACUCAUACAGCAACAGCUGGCUCAGUCUCAGCUGUGGGGUCUGAGCGGCUCUCUGGACUCACAGAGACUCAGGGACACGGACCAUCAGCAUGACGUGACGUCACUGCAGAAACGCAUCAUUCAGCUGGAGGGACAGGUGAGGAGUUUACAGCUGGAGAGAGACCAGAAUCAGAUGCUGUUAGAGAGCGUUCAACAGAGACACAAACAAGACACUGAGCUCAUGGAGAACAUGCACAGAGCUCGUGUGAAGCUGCUGGAGGAAUCGGCUGCUCAGCGAGAGCUGCGCUCGCGGCAGGAGAACGAGGACCUGGCGGAGAGACUGGCUGUGGUCACACGUCUGGUGGAGCAGGAGAGAGCAGAGAUGCAGGCGCAGCAGCAGCGCAGACUCACGCAGUGUCAGCAGGACAGAGACAGAGAGGUGGAGAGACUCAGAGACCUGCAGAGGAAGUCCAUCCUGGAGAUGAAGAGAGAUCAUGAAGAACAGAUCCAGCGUCUGAAGAAACUGAAGGACGAGGAGAUCGACGCGGUGACCAGCGCCACGUCUCAGACCAGGUCUCUGACGGUGGUCAUCGAGCAGAUGGAGCAGUUCUCCCACAGGCUGGGCGAUCUCUCGUCUCGGGUGGAGAGUUCACAUGAAAACACAGCGCAGGGACUGGAGAUCGGAGCCAGACAGAGAGACCAACAGCUCAGAGUUCUGCAGGAGCGCUUGAGUCAGCAGCAGCGUGAGAUGGCCGAAGAGAGGUCACGACUCAAAGAGGUCAUCGCCAAGAUGGACACACAGCUGGCCGAGCAGCAGAGACAGCUGGAGAAGGAGCGCUGGCGGGUCACGUCAGAGCAGGUCAAAGCUGAAUCAUCUCUGCGAGGACUGGAGGAGGAGAGACGCACCAUGAUGCAACAGUUCAGCAUGGAGAGAGAGGAGCUGGAGAGGGCAAAGAGCGCUCUGCUGGAGGAGCAGCAGUCCGUCAUGCAGCACUGUGCAGAAGAGCGCAGGAAGCUGGCGGCCGAGUGGAGCCGCUUUCACUCGCAGGAGAAACUGCGUCAGGAGCACGUCGAGAGAGAGGCCAGCCGAGCCAUGGAGAGAGACGCACACAGAGAGGGGUCCAUCAUCAGCAUGGCACAGGAGCAGGCGGAUCUGAAGCUGCGCGCCGGAGAGCUGAAACAGAAGGAGGAAGCGCUGCUGCGAGAGAGAGACGGUCUGGAGAAACUGAGACAGGAGCUGGACGCUGAGAAAGACAGACUGAGCGCCACGGCUCUGAGACUCAAGACACGAGCGCAGGAGGUGGAGGGCUUCAGUAAGCUGGCGUCCGAGCGCUUUGAGGAGGGAGAGCGAGCGCUGCGAGAGGCCAGACAGGUGGAGGCCGAACAUCAGACACGACUACGCAACAUCCACACACAGAUGGAGAGACUACGACAACAGGAGCACAGCCUACAGCAGGAGCGUCUGAGGAUGACGGAUCAUCACAGAGACAUGGAGCGACUGAGACACACUCUUCCCGUCCAUCCAGGGACGUCAGCACCUCUCAUCACAGAUUUCUCUCCAGUGUUAGCCAGCACACACCUGAGCCCCGCUGUGAACCCGCUGCCCGCUGAACUACACGCCCGCCUCGCCCUCAUCAAACACACCGCUGAGAAGGACAGAGACUUCCUGCAGGAGGAGCAGUACUUCCUGGACACUCUGAAGAAAGCCUCAUACAACACAUGACCACACAGAGACAGGAAUAGUUUUGAUAUGCUUUAUUUGAUAAUAAACACGGUAAAGAGA